AUGGAUCUGCACGAAACCCAGCGCCUCGUCCUCGAGUACCUCCACGAACUCAGCAACCAAUUCCAACGUGUGCCGGGCUCCGCUAUCUUCCUCCGCUAUGUCAAGUCGUCGUAUCAGAAUGACCCCGUCCGCUCUGCUGUCGAGUUGUUCCUGUUUCUCUUCGCUGUGAGGUACCUGCUUGCACCUAAGUAUUCGACUAAGCCGAAUUUCGUGCCUUUAUCGGAGGAGGAAAUCGACGAUUUGGUUGAGGACUGGACGCCCGAGCCGCUUGUUCCCCCCCCUUCACUUCUGGAUGAGUCUGAGGUUGAGAAGCGCAUUGUGCUUACUGGUGCAACAGGUCCCAAAUCCAAACUAACAAACGGUCGCACCGUGACUAAUCUCGCAUGUUCCAAUUUCUACAACUUUGUAGCCAAUGAGACCCUGAAGGAGAAAGCCAUACAAACACUCCGCACCUACGGCGUCGGCCCCUGCGGACCUCCCGGGUUCUACGGAACUCAGGAUGUCCACAUGCGUACGGAAGCGGAUAUAGCCGCCUCCCUGGGUGUGCCAGCUUGUAUUGUCUACUCGCAAGCGUUUUCCACGAUAUCCAGUGUUAUCCCAUCCUUCUCCAAGCGCGGGGAUAUCAUUGUUGCGGAUAAAGGGGUAAAUUAUGCGAUUCGGAAGGGCAUUCAGAUUUCACGUAGCGCAGUGCGCUGGUAUGAACAUAAUGACAUGCAGGAUUUAGAGCGGGUAUUGAGCAAGAUUACGAAGGAGCAGGCGAAAAAGCCACUGACUAGACGGUUUAUUAUUACUGAAGCGAUUUUUGAGAAUCGGGGGGAUAUGGUGGAUUUGCCAGCAAUUAUCGAACUAAAACUGCGCUACAAAUUCCGUCUAAUCCUCGAUGAAACCUCCUCCUUCGGCGUCCUUGGACGUACCGGCCGCGGAAUCACAGAACAUCAAAACGUCGACGCUACCGAAGUCGACAUGAUCGUCGGGUCUCUAGCCGGACCUUUUAUUGCUGGUGGUGGCUUCUGUGCCGGCUCAGAAGAGAUUGUUCACCAUCAGCGCAUCUCUGCCAGCGCCUAUUGUUUCUCCGCUGCGCUGCCCGCCCUGCUGGCUACGACGGCCAGUGAAUCAUUGGCUAUGUUGCAGAAUAAUCCGGACCUUAUCUCUCAGCUGCGGGAGAAUAUCAAAGUGAUGUGGUCGCAGGUGGAUCAGAGAAGUGAACAUGUAUACUGCUCGUCGGUGCCAGAGAAUCCGGUUAUGUUCCUCGUGUUGAAGCCCAGUGUUGUUGCGGCCAGGAGUCUUUCCAUUGAGGAACAGGAGGCGGUGUUGCAGGAUGUUGUUGAUGAGGCCCUAGCCAACGGCGUCCUCAUUACACGCCUGAAGUCUGUUGAGGACGACGUGGUUCCCAAACAAAUAGCAUCUCCAGCACCUCCAGCCCUAAAAGUGUGUUUGACAACGGGCUUAUCACGGAAGGAGGUCGAGAAAGCGGGCACCAUAAUCCGACAUGCCAUUACGAAGGUUCUAAGACAAAGACGAUGA